UAGACUUCUAUGCAGAAUUUUGGCCAAAGCCAUCCAACUUUAAACCUCAAAGAAAUCUCUCUUCUCUUUUCUUCCUUUCCUAUUCAUACUACUCCUGCUUCUCAAAUGGACUGCAAGCUAUGCUUUGAUCAGUGGAGAAAGACAGCAGACCCUACAGUUCAGAAGCUUGAAGAAGCUUCAGAAAUUGCUGAUCAGAAUUGCUUGAAAGGAGGUGAUGAUGAGGUCUCCUGCAAUGGAUUUUCGACUCCCAAAGCUCGAAGAUUCCGCAUACCAGAGCGAAUUCCGUGCCCACCGGCGCCGAAGAAGCGCCGGCUUUCUCCUGUUCUUUGCUCUUACCAUAGGCCUGCUGUCUCAUUCUUCACCCACCCAGAACUGGAGCUGUUCUUCUUGGUUGCUCUCCAUGAUAUCAGAGUUUAGUUCUAUCUUAGUGUGUUAGACAUAUAUCCAUUUAUGCUCUCAUGUUCUUCUUGGUUGCUCCUUUGUUUUUCUCAAGGUAGUGAUCAACCUUCUGGUUUGUGUUAUUGUAUUAGAAUUUAUGGUGUCUUAGGUUUUGUUUUAGACAGCUUUCGUAGUGCUUUUUAAAAUGACUUUUUUAUACAAAAAAUUUAAAUCUAAGAAAUUUUUGUACUAAAAAGCUGUUUUAGAAAGCAAAAAGAAAGCUGUCACAAACGAAGCCUUAAUAGCCUUUCAGGGUUUAGUUAGUUUCUAACUAGUUUAGUUUUGCUAUUUGCUCAGUCUAAAAUCUUAGCUUGCUGUGAAUAUUUAGUUUGUAACUCUG